AAUGUGACUCCAGGCUGGGGGAAUUGCUGCAGAAAGUGUAGUGUCUCUCUCUGCUGUCAGCUCGGAUGUGCAUAAAUCAUGAGUUCGACCAAAGUCCGAUAUCUAAUAUUCUUCCAGUAUUUUGGGACCAAGUAUUGUGGCGUAAUGAGAGUACCAGAUACUCAAGCUGUUUUAGGAGUUCAAAACUAUUUGGAGAUGGCAGCACAGAAGCUCAGACCCGUUGGCAGUGUGACAUUCUCGAUCUCCAGCCGCACAGACUCUGGAGUCCAUGCGCUCUGUAACUCUGCACAUGUGGAUAUUGAGAGGGGACCAGGAAAGGCUCCAUUCUCCGAGGACGUCUUGGUCAAAGGUUUGAACUUUCAUCUGUAUGCAGAGCCCAUUAGCGUAUUGAAGGCCAUUCAUGUAAGCGAUGACUUCCAUGCUCGGUUUAAAGCGCUGUCCCGUACGUACCUUUACCGCGUUGUGACUGGAUGUAAACAGUCGGAAUUGCCAGUAUUUGAAAGGAAUCUGUGCUGGUCAGCAAGUGUAAGUAGUCUUGACAUGCCAAGGGUCCAGGAAGCUGCACAGUUACUGCUUGGGAAACAUGACUUCAGUGCCUUCGCAUCUACAGAUAAGUCUGCUCCAUUUAAAUCUCCAAUCAAGACUUUGCAGCUGGCAGAUGUCACACCCUCCACCAGCCUCUUGCCAUAUCACUACUGCAGGGACCUACAAUUUUGGGAUUUUACCUUCAAAAGUAAAUCGUUUGCUUACAAUCAGGUCAGGAGGAUGACAAGUGCUCUGGUUGCGGUGGGUCUGGGUCUUCUCUCACCACAACAAAUUAGACUUCAUCUGGAAUCUUGUGAGCCCCUUCUUUUCUCAGGAAGGAUCAUUGCUCCACCCUGUGGUCUUUUUCUAAAAGAAGUUGAGUAUGCCAAGAUAGAUUUAAAGACGGACAAGACUGAGCUGGAAUGAUGUAUGUUGGGGGACAUGUAAAUAUCAGAGACUUUUUGCCUUUCUUAGAGAUGUUAUGGAAUAUACUGUAUUCUUUUAUUAAAUAUUCUUUUUAA